CUAUUUACUGCCGACGACUUGACUUAGCCAUAUGGGACACACAGAAACAGAAUGCAAAAAACAUAUUCCAAGUUUUUGGCCUCGACACCUAAAGAUCAGCCGGCUAGACGGUUUUCCAUAUUCCACGUACUGGGCGGCAUCGAUACUUCGAAUUCUCAUUCAAAUAUUGUUUACUUUGGGCAAAUAAAACUCUAAUCCUUACAUUGAUUUCAUCAAAAUUUCCCUUCUUUUCUAAUCAACAAUGUUUCUCUUGGUGUGUUUUAAAUACAGUCCUAGUAAAGCUUGUAGCUCUGGAUAGGGUAACACUUACACAUUACAACAAUGGCACCUAAGAGUCGUAGCUACCAACUUUCAGCAACCCCAGCUACAUUAUUUGGGCAUUUGCUAGCUAUAGCCAUAACAACCCUGGUUCUUGUUUGGACCCUAAAGUUCCGCGGUGGCUUCGCUCUCGAAUCUGGCAUCAAAGAGAAAAUUUUGAAUGUUCAUACGUUUCUAAUGGUGGUCGGGUUUAUUUUGAUCGGUGGAGAAGCAAUCAUGGCAUACAAGACGGUCCAAGGGACAAGGAACACACAAAAAGGGGUGCACCUGAUAUUGCAUCUUCUAGCCCUGGCGGCUAUAAUUUUUGGGUUGUACUGUGCUAUCCACUUUAAUCACGAAUCCGGAGUUCCACAUUUUCUUACCUUACAUUCCUGGCUCGGCAUAACAACCAUCUCUUUAUUUGGUCUUCAGUACUUGUUUGGCUUCGUGCUCUAUGUGUUUCCGGGUGGAGACAUGUCGUCGAGGGGAAAUUUUAUGCCAUGGCACACAUAUUUUGGGAUGGUGAUAUUUCUUCUAGCAGUGUGCACGGCUGAGACAGGGUUAAUGGAAAGGUUCUUUUUCUUGGCCGUAGUAAAAAUUAAUCAAGAAGUGCUUAUAGUCAACUUCACUGGUCUUUUGCUCUUUCUCUUCGCAGCCACCGUCAGCCUCACCGUCCUCCUCCCUCGGCUUUAUUAACUAAUACCAACCAGUCAUCUUUACCUUAGUAUAUUUUUCUUAUUAAAUUUUGUUUUGAGACGAAUUAUUUUUGUUGUUGUUUUUAUAGAGCGUUAU